ACAUACCGCGCCCACAAACUUUUUGGCAUCGAAAGUAAACAAUAAAAUAAACAAUUCUUAUUUUUAAUAGCACAAAAGGCAGGAUGCGAGUUCUAAGUUGCCGCCUUUGCUCUGCAAACGAGGCUCCAAUUAAUCUUUUUGACCCAGCAAAUGGUCACCUGAUUCGCCAAAUUCUUUCCAUAACUGGAGUCGAGCUAAGUUGCAAGAAGGAAAUAUCCAACAACAUGUGCAUGGUGUGCUUGGGUGACCUGCAGGCAGCCAUUAAGUUCCGCCAGCGAUGCAUCAUUUCCGAGAAGCAGAACCAGGAGAGGAUUGAGUCCACCUCCACCGGCAAGGACCUGCCACAGGAACCCAUUUGCUAUGAAUACAUUGAUGAUGACCAAGUCGAGCUUGAAUUGGACGAGUCCAUUUUAACUCCGGAAGUCGAAAAUAUUCCAAAGACCGCUCCAAAAGCCCAGCCACCCAAACGUUCAAGGAGGACUGGUCCUUAUGUCUGCGAGGAUUGCGGCAAAUCCAUCAACUCCAAGACAAACUUUCUGGAACACAAGCUACGGCACACUGGCAUCAAGGAUUUCCACUGCGAUUUUGGGGAGUGCGGAAAAAGCUUUGCCACACGGAAGGAACUAACGCGCCACACCCGUAGUCACACGGGCGAGCAGCCCUACGUGUGCAUCUACUGUCCACGUCGCUUCUCCGACACGAGUGCCCGUCAGGAGCACCAUCGACGCCAUCGGAACGAUCGCCGCUUCCAGUGCGACAUUUGCGAGAAGAGUUUCGUCAGCUCCGGAUGUCUCAGCAAGCACAAGAUGACCCAUGACGCCGUACGGAAGCACUACUGCUACGUUUGCCACCAGCACUUCCAACGGAUCUCCCAUCUGAUGACCCACUUGUCUACCAGUAUUCAUAAGGAAAAAGCCGAGGAGGCAGCGGCAGCUCAGGCAGCUGACCUCUUUAAUGUUUAGUUACACCGUCUACCUAGUCAUUAUUUAUAUUAUCUAUUGGUAAGAACCUGUAUGAGUUAUGAAACUAAAACUACAAGUAUGUAUACUUAAUCCAGUGCCAUUCCUAAUCCAUUGUUAAAUGGCAUUUAUUGAUGUUCAAAAGAGUCGAGUUUUUGUCAAAUUAUAGCUUCCAUUAAAAAAUGAGCACAAAAAACUAAGAAACAACUGAAUCCCUCCCGCCUUGCACAAACUGUCUUCUAUUAAAGCACAAAGAGUAUUAACUUUAAUUACAUACUUAUUCCAGUGUCAUUCUAAAUCGAACUUUUUAUGGAAUUUAUUGUUGUUAUAGUUACUAAUUAAAGGCCAUAAACAAAGGUUUUUGGUCAAACUCCAGCUUUGAAUAUGUAUGUAUUUUUGAAUACACCUAAAUCUUUUAAUUGAUGAGGGUGCCUAUUAAACGCCUUCCAAAAUACAAUGAAUAUUGACGUUUAUUGAUUUUAAGACAACGCAAGUAUAAUUUGCAAAGCUACGAAUUUUAAUAAAA